AUGAUCAGAUCCUCCGCAGUGCCAGGAGACAUCAUGGACUCCGCCUCGUUGCCAGACAAACGCGCCCUCGACCCCCUUUCUUCGCUCCCCGCCGACAAGAAGAUUCGUCUCAGCGGUGGUACCACCACCACCACCACCACUGCAGCAGCAGGCACUGCUGUAGCUCAAACCGUGGCCCGGGCAGCCCCAUCACCACCAUCAUCUUCACCAGCCGCUGCAGCAGAACGACACUACCUUGACGUACUGCCGGGUGUUGUGCUCAGGGAGAUCGUCUCCUUCACGACCGAUAGCUCCCUCAGCGGCGUCUGUAGGACAACUCUGGGGGGCAUCCGCGAGCUGCACUACAAAGUGGACAUGGCCAAGGUCGCCUCCGCCUAUUUUUUUGGGAGAUUGGCCGCUGCCUAUUGCUCGAAGACAUUGGAACUAACAGACCACAUGGGAAUUGACGCUUCUGGAGCUCUGGCUACUGGCAGAGCUGUCGUCCGAAUCACGAUCACUCACGUGCACGAGACCCAGGAUCCUGCUCUGGAACAGGCCAUCAGGAGGGUCGUGCAGCAUUCAAUACCCACCCUGCGCGAGAUCACCAUCCGCGGGUACCCCACAUGGACCGGACGCGCCAGGCCAUCAGGAGGGUCGUGCAGCAUUCAAUACCCACCCUGCGCGAGAUCACCAUCCGCGGGUGCCCCACAUGGACCGGACGCGCCAGGCGCCAUCCUCGGGGAGCUCGUUCCCCUCUCUGCCAAGCGCCACCGCGUGGCCCCGCGGCUCGCACGGGUACACCUGGUAGACGGAGCCACGGGCGUCGCGAAGGCCGGCAGGGCGGUGGCGACCGGCCUGUGGCCGGCCCUGGAAGUGCUCACCUUCUCGCACUGCCGGGCGAACGCGGGCCACUUCCGCGACCUGGCGCGAGGGCUCCGCUCGGGGCUCGCCCCGAGGCUGCGGGUGCUAGGGUGGGACGACCAGUCCAGCAUCAGGGACGUCGCGGUCGAUGACGUCAUCCUCAACGCGCUGUCCUGGGGGCAGUGCCCACUCGUGGAACACCUCAGCUUCACGGGAAACCGUUUCUGCCCGGAGCACAGAAUCACAUACCUGGAGGAGAUGCUGUGGGUCUGCCCUCGGUUGCGGGAGCUGCGCAUGGACUGCAGCCGCACGCCUCACCAUGAGCUGAGGGUCCUGGCGGGCGCCCUGGCAGGAGGGCACGUGCCACGGCUGGAGCGGCUUCUCGUUAGGGCGACGGCGCCGUACUACCGCGACAGCGACGUGGAGCUGCGGGCGCUGAAGCGGGUCGCGGCUUCGAGGAGCCCUCCCGUGGAGCUCGAGUUACAGAUCAAGACGCGACUGAAACAGUAACACAGAAGUGGUUGAUAGUGACACAACUGUGCCUCACUUUUGUUGGUGUAGCAUCCUCCCCUGCGUUGUAAUACGCUUUUCUUUCGCGUAGUUAACCUCCCACUGGGAGUUGCACGCGGCAGGAUUCUUCGCGUCGAGACCAUCCCAUGUGGCCCCACGUGUACAGUAGGUUUUACGUUGAGCUUCGCGACACAUGAUAUAUAUGUGUGUCUACUGUUGGUUGUGAUUGUACGUCGGUAUGUGUAUGUAGCAACUCGGUACUGGCAAGAGUAGGUGAAAGAUGUAGGGUAUUUUUUCUGUCGUCAAGAGGGAACGGACGACGAAUGAAUAUGUAUUCUGCUUUCGAUUUCCCUCGAAGAUCGGGGAGGCAGAUUUUGGUUUUGGUGUUCUGCGAGAGUAGUUGUCGAAGCCUUUGUCAAAGCGCCUGUCCAGAAUGAAUGGGAUAGUUUCGGGGGGUGGGAUGAACAAAGCUCUUGUCGAUACUGCUGUAGAUUUUCGGUUUUUCCUCGCUCAAGGUCCCAAUGGACGAGCGCAAGGUCGUUGCAGAACGGAUAAGUUCGCACUGGAUAUGGAUAUAUGUGAUUGAGUCGUUCAAGUACAAGUACAUAUGUUUAUCUGAAGAUGCAUCGCCGUC